CUGCCACCUCCUGCCACCUGCUCUGGACACAGGGCUGGCCAGGGCAGCAUGUGAGAGCCCCAGGCAGCACGGACCAGGGCCGAGGCAGCCAAGGGAGCCUCACCACAAGCUGUUCCAGAGGAGGAUGGAGAACCCACUGCUUUUAUUCCCCCAGCUCAACGUUUCUGCUGCUGAGGAUAAAGGCCAUUACAGAGCCAUGAGAUCGGCGGUUCGGGAGGAGCCACAGAAGGCAAACAAACCUGGAGCUAAGCAGAAGAGAAACAGGCUGAGCCUGCUCCUGCAGAGACCUGAGUUCCAUGAAGGUGAUCACCUUGGCAAACCUGGAAGCCUGACAAAAGCAGCGAGUGUGUCUCCUGAGGAAGCAGUGAAAUGGGGAAAGUCUUUUGACAAACUGCUUUCUGAGAAAGCUGGGCUGGAUGCCUUCACAAAGUUUCUGAAAACGGAGUUCAGUGAGGAGAACAUUGAGUUCUGGAUAGCCUGCGAGGAUUACAAGAAAAGCAAAAGUGCGCAAGAACUUCUGCCAAAAGCCAAGACCAUUUUUGAAACAUUCAUACAGAAAGAUGCUCCAAAAGAGGUGAACCUGGACUGGCACACGCGGGAGGUGACACGGGUGGCCGUGGCGCAGCCGGGCCGCGGCGCCUUCGAGGCCGCGCAGCGCCACGUGCACGCGCUGAUGGAGCACGACAGCUACCGCCGCUUCCUCGGCUCCGCGGCCUACCUCAGCCUGCUGCGCGGCCAUUCCCGCUCCUGCCGUGUGUAACACAGGGAAUUCCUUCCUGAUAAAUGAACUCUAACUGCUGCUGAAGGUAUUAUUAGAGGCAAGCAAAAGAAUCGGUGUUGCAAGGCAGAUGCACCCCUUUACAGAUGUUACAAAUUGAGGUACAGGAUGGAGUUUGGAAGAUCAGUGAUGUCCCAAGACCAAAACGGCCUUGAGAUGGACAAAAUUAGAACAAUUUAGGCAUUGGGCCUAAAACCCAGUAAUUAUCAGACUAAUUAGUAGACUAACAUAACACAACGCUCAGUACGCUCACACAAACCUGUGAGGUUAUCCAAAGGACAACGAGGAAGAGGAGAAGCCUUCACCAAAAGACCACCAAAAGAAGACUGGAGACCCCCUAACAACAAGUGAGGCACGGGCCGUGAAGGAAAGGGACAUAAAGUCAGAAAAAUGGGAAAUAGGAGGAAACUGUCAGGAAACAUGAAUGAAUAUGUAUAAACACACAGUACAUGAGUUUAGCUUGAGGUGUUUUGUUUUGUACCUGAGGCAGGGUGGGGAACCCCCUCCGUACCCCGGUCGGUUUUGCUUAUGCUUUAAUCAUACUUAAUUACUGGAAAAUUACAUAUAUAAAUUGUAAUUUUUUACUAAACUGUAUUCUUUUCUACCAAAUCACUAUUCAAUUUACUAAAUCACACUCAUUUUUAAUUAAACUGUUAUUAACUCAAGGGACCUAGGUGUCAGAAUUCCAGUUUCAUGUAUGACAGGUGUAUGGGCUGAUGGAGCUAGCGCCGUUUCCUCAGCCCGCAGCAGCGGGGAGUGCCCCGAACCCCAGCCCAGCGCCCGGGAAACGCGCUCAGCCCGCCUCAGACCGCUGCAGAACAACCUCACUUCCCUGGAGGAGUAGGGGAUGUGUCGCCAAGCCGCGGCAUGCAGAGUUUUCACACAGCUCUGAUCAGAUUUGGGGGGAAAAAUCUGAAUUUCCAGCUUAAAGAUGUCCUGUAAAGUGGUGUUUGAUGUUAUCCAGCUCGUUCCCUGGGUCUCUACUGCUUAGGCCAGAGUUUCAUCGCAGGCAGGAUCUCCGUAUCCAGUCUCUGCACAUAUUUAUGGUUUUUGGAAUAUUUCCUACACUGAGCACAGAGAAUUUGUGGUAUUUUCUCAUGCUGUAAAACACACAGGAACAUUAUCAGGUAUAAUGCAAAGUUACAUGAAUUUUAACUAAAGACACCGCAUAAUUAAAUCUGUAAUUAAAAUGUAGCCAUUGCCUAUUUUAAGAAGAACAUUAAAAUACCAAUGUAAUUUUUUGGGGGUACACUUUUCUUGUUCCACAUGUCUGUUCUCUAUUUUUAAGUUAUGCUGUGUAUAUUAGCUUUGGCAUCAAAUACAGGUAUUCUAAUUUUUUUGCAGCUAAAUGAGCAGCAACAAAGGGCCAAGAAUGGUAUUUUGACACAGUGUGUAUCCUUAAAUACUUUGCCAUGCCAAUGUGUAUAUAUAUAUAUAUAUAUAAAAUAUUUCUACUUUUAUUUAUAGUCAUGGUACACCAACUUUGCUACUAAACUUCGUUUUAAUUUUUUUUCUGCCUUUUAUUUUGAAAAUGUAUCUGAAAAUUAACAGUUCUUGGACUGAGGCAGAGCAACUUCCAGUUCCACUGGCCAUUAAUAUCCUCUCUAUAGGCUACAGAUGCAGAAGGAGAAAUCUUUUUUAUUUCUUUACUAUCAAAGACAGACGUAUUUUUCUGUAGUUGGCACACACAGUCAUUCUGUCCUCCUCAUUCACAGUCUUGCUGCAGACAUACCUUGAAGCUUGGGGCAGUUCUUAAACAUUGGUCCAGUUUAGGAAGCAGCUGCAGGAUUUAUCUGGAACUAUGACUCGUAUAUUCAGUUGCUGCUUGUGCAAUUUAAGCUUUCUCCCUUUCUCCCCCUUUCUGUAAGUGCUGAAGGAGAAGAGGUGCAGCUCCUGAGGAUGGGACUUUGUGUUCAUGGUUAAUUUGGGGUGUAUGUGAAC